UAUCAAGGACAUAUUACUACUUUCCUUUAUGGUGAGAAUUGAACGAUAUCAAAUCCUAAAUUUAUAAUAUUUCAAUCAAGGACUCAUCAAUGUCUCUAUUUUGGUAACAAGGACUCUAUCUUUUACUAUAAAUACUCUAACCCUAAUCAUAUCGAACAUAUCCCAUACCAUCAAAACUUUUCGUGUAUUCCUCUUCUUUGAAUAAAUCCAUUUAUUUUUCCAAACUUUUCCUUGAUUCUUUUUUGGUGUGCGCCUCAUCAUCAACACUUUAUUUGUGAAUAUGACGGUUAUCGUCGAGGAGCCUGUUUUCGUCCAAGAAAAUAGCAAGAACAUUUCGUUUGAUACCAAUGAAUUGGUGCUGGAUGCUGGAUUUGUAAUGCCUGAACCCAAGUUAUUGGUUUCAGACAAUGGAUUUUCGACACCCGAAACCAAUGCCUUUGGCAAAACUUUCAGAGAUUAUGAUGCAGAGAGUGAAAGGAAAAAUGCUGUUGAAGAAUUCUACAAGCAGAAUCAUAUACACCAAACUGUUGAUUUUGUGAAAAGGAUGAGGGAAGAUUACAAGAAGUUGGACAAGGUGGAAAUGAGCAUAUGGGAGUGUUGUGAACUCCUAAACACAGUUGUGGAUGAGAGUGACCCUGACUUGGAUGAGCCUCAAAUUGAGCAUUUGCUCCAAACUGCUGAAGCUAUUAGGAAGGACUACCCUAAUGAAGAUUGGCUUCAUUUGACUGCCCUUAUUCACGAUCUUGGAAAGGUUCUUGUUCAUCCUAGCUUCGGAGAGCUUCCUCAGUGGGCUGUAGUUGGUGACACGUUCCCAGUUGGAUGUGCAUAUGAUGAAUCUAUUGUUCAUCACAAGUAUUUCAAGGAAAACCCGGAUCAUUACAACCCUGCUUAUAACACCAAGUCUGGUAUUUACUCUCAAGGAUGUGGUCUAGAGAAUGUUUUGGUUUCUUGGGGACAUGAUGACUACAUGUACCUGGUGGCUAAAGAAAAUGGCACAACUCUUCCUCCAGCAGCUCUUUUCGUAAUCCGGUUUCACUCUUUUUAUGCAUUGCAUAAAUCUGGAGCAUACAUGCAUUUGUUGAAUGAUGAGGAUAAGGAGAACUUGAAAUGGCUCCAUGUUUUCAACAAAUAUGAUCUCUACAGUAAGAGCAAAGUUCGAGUUGAUGUGGAGAAAGUUAAGCCAUAUUACCUUUCUCUUAUAAACAAGUAUUUCCCAUCCAAGCUAAGAUGGUGAACCUUUUCAGAGUCACUGUAAUUACAAUUGAGGCAAUUUAAAUGUACGUUUGGAGAUCAAAUAACUUCAAUUUAUGAGAAGAGUAUAUUUAUUUUAUCCUUUAUCAAUUGCAUGUAUUUAUCGUUUAUCAUUCUUUAAUAAAAAAUCAUUUGGGAACAAAA